UGUGAAUACUGUGGAGUAGAGUACGCAAAGAAAGAACACUACGAGCGUCAUGUACGUACGCAUACACGUGAGAAACCGUUCGAUUGUGCGCGGUGCUCAUCCAAGUUCUCACGCAACGACACUCUUCAGCGGCACAUCCGCAAGUGCCAU